AUGAAGCCUUUGUCAGAGAUUUUUGCACAAGUAAAAGAUGAGAGUAUCGGUUUAGUAUAAGAUGGAGAGAUCUUUUACCUAGUUAUGAACACUGAGUAGAAUCUAUUUGAUUUCGAUCAAAUCUAAAGGAUGCACUAAUGUCUUGAUUAAAUUGAGAAGUCGACUGGACCUGCCUGCCUUGUAACUAUUGGAACUAAAAGAUUUUUCUCAACUGGUUUUGAUUUAGAGAAGUGGGCCAUCAACAUGAGUGACGCAUACACUAUGAUUUUGAUGAUGCAACAAGUUUUUAACAGAUUUUUAACUCUCGAAAUUCCCACAAUGUCUGUCUAUAAUGGAUCUGCUAUUGCUGGAGGAUUAUUGCUUUCUCUUACACAUGAUUUCAGAAUUAUGAAUGAGAACCGUACCUACGUCUGCCUAUCUGAGAUUAAUCUUGGCAUUACCAUUAAUGCAGGUUUCGCAUCAAUAGUGAAAAAUUCAUUGACUCCUUAAGCAGCAAAGCUAUUGACAUAUGGUGGGAGAUUCAAUGCGCAGUAAUGCUUAAAAAUGGGGGUAAUUGAUAAUGUUUACAAAGAUGAGAAAGAAUUGAUGAAUCAGAUCUAAGAAUUUGCCAAGGUUUAUGCACCAAAAGGUGAAGCGAGAUCAUCAUUGAAGGAUUUAAAGACAAAUCUACACAAGCAAACUUCAAGAGACCUUCUAUAAGAAGGGUUAUCAAUAGGAGUUGUCAACAAAGCUAGCUCCAGAUAGAAAUUAUGA